AUGGGUAACAGUUAUACGCACUUGGCAACGCAGGAUCCAUCGGACUUGGUAUCAGAGACCGAUUCAUCUUUGCUGCAGCGCUGGGCUGCAAGACUUACAUCUACUGAUCGUGCAUCCUACGUCAAAAUGCCUCGAAGUGCAUCAAAUAUCAAUGAAAAAUAUCCCACUGUACGGGCAGCUGUGCAUAGCGAUGCUAUUGGAGCACUUGCGCCGGUACGGCCUGGAAUGAUACUCAGUGGAGGACGCGAUAAGCUGAUAGCGCUCAAUAAUACAGAUACGGGUGAAUGCGUUUUGCGAUGGUAUGGGCAUGAAAAAGAAGUCACUAAGGUUACUCCUCUGUUUUACUCGUUCAUUCCGUAUAAAAAAAGCUCUUUAGCCAAGUGA